UGCCUUCGGACAGUCAAGUAAUUUAGAAGAGAAUUAUCACAAAACAUUUGUGAUGUUAAGGCACACAUGGGCCUCUCUCUCAGUAAUCUUGCUGGCCGUUUCCAGCAAUUAUUGCGAAAGUCUAGAAAAUAAGUCUAAUAAACUAGCCAAUAGAAAUACUAGAGACGAUAUCGCUGGGAGCCCUGUGUCUCCUACCAGCACCGGCAUUCGUGAUCUAGGAAGUUUCGUCAAAAGGGAUGCACCGCUCAAUGGAAUCAUGAAUUUGCUUAGUGUGCCGCGCAUGAUACUGAGCACGGUCGAAUUCGUCAACCGGAUCUCCGAUGUGAUUUCCGGCGGGUCGAGUCCCUUCGGCGACCUCGACUUCGUUUCGGACAUCGAUCGCGCGGCUUUGGCUUUACACCAGGAAUUCACACGGCGCUUCGACCAGCUGGAAGCAAGGGUGCAGGGUAUACAGGAUACGGUUGAGGAGCUACGCAGAGGUAUACCCAUUCUGCUGCGCAGCUCGCAAGAAGCCUUAACUCUCAGGAGCUACACGCGCAAAAUCAACUCUUACUACAUGCGUUUCGCACUGUUAAGAGAACACGUCGAUGAGGUUCAGAACUACACUUGGCUUGACUUCGCCAAAAAUGCGGUUGCGUUCGAUGACAACUCCAUCUUGAACACACUCAUCAACAUUCAUGGCAUGGUCGCUCCCGGUUACCCAUUUUCGGUAAGGUUAUCAUUAAGCACCUAA